AUGUCCGAUCGUCGUUCCAAGCUUUUAGCAUUAGCUGCAAAACGUAAACUUGAAGAAGAAGAAGAUAAUGAUGAUAAUAAGAAACCAGUGAAGGCCAGCAAGGCUUCCAAAGAAGCACGUAAUGUCAAGCCAAAGAAAAGAUACGAAGAUACUGAGGAAGAGGAAGAAGAGGAAGAGGAAGAAGAACAAAGCGAAGAAGAAAACUACUCAGAGGAAGAAGCUAGACCUAAAAAGUCAUCAAAGCCUAAAAAGAAAGCUCCUAAGAAGAAGCCCUCCAAGAAGAAGCAGACAAGCGAAGAUGAAGGCUCUGAAGAGGAUAAAAGCGAUGUAGAAGAGGAUGAAUUAGAAGCCCUCGAUACUAGUGUAAUCAUUCCUGGUGGAAGAAGAACCCGCGGAAGAAAGGUUGAUUAUAAACAGUUUGGUGCAGACCCUGAGGAUGAGGAAGAAUAA